GUUUUCACCAUCCGUAUGAGAUUCGCGUUGUUGAAAAUUGUUCGGUUGACGGUUUAAGUAAAGUGCACAGUGAGCCUAGCUGGUGGAGUCACUUCACCGAGAUCACCAGUGAAAAUAUUCGUUGGUGUGGUGGCACGUCGAAACGGCCUGAUGCGGGUCGCGUGUAAGUCUCGUAACGCAAAUCAUGACUUCGAUGCUGUCCAGCUUUAACCCGCCUAUCGUAAAACGAUUAUUGGGUUGGAAGAAAGCCGAGGGAGAGGAUAAAUGGAGUGAAAAAGCUGUGAAAAGUCUGGUGAAAAAAUUAAAGAAGUCGACCGGUUUGGAAGAACUUGAGAAAGCUAUUACUACGCAAAGUUGCAACACCAAGUGCAUCACUAUACCAAGGCCUAGUCCCGGCGGUGUCGGCGACAACGGUGUCCAAGGAGUACGCGGUAAAGGUCUGCCGCACGUGAUCUACUGUCGACUUUGGCGCUGGCCGGACUUACAGUCGCAUCACGAGCUAAGGGCGAUCGAGCACUGCGAGUACGCGUUCACGCAGAAGCGGGACGAAGUCUGUGUAAAUCCAUAUCAUUAUCAACGUAUACAACCACCAGUUUUGCCGGCGAUUCUCGUGCCGCGACAUAACCUGGCUGGGGACGAACCUGUUCUCUACAACACCUCACUCGAGGAGCUCAGCGUCAGCGUACCGGAGAACACGAACUUUCACGCGACGUUGAAUCAUCAGCAUCACAAUCAACAGAGUAUACCGCAAUCUCCACAGCAACAGCAGCAACAACAACAACAACAGCAACAGCAGCCGAAUAAUCCGUAUCAAGGAAUGCAGAGCAUACAAGCUACCAGUCCAGCGAGUGUGGGGAGCCUAGGAAGCGUACAGGGUUCACCGCAUCCGGCGCCUGGAUCUAUGGAUCCUCCCGCGGACACACCCCCUCCGGGCUACAUAAGCGAGGAUGGCGACAACAUGGAUCACAACGACAAUAUGUCUUUGUCGCGUUUGUCACCUAGCCCCGUCGACGCGCAACCGGUGAUGUAUUGCGAGCCUGCCUUCUGGUGUUCGAUUAGUUAUUACGAACUAAACACAAGAGUGGGCGAAACCUUCCACGCAUCGCAACCGAGCAUCACAGUCGACGGAUUUACCGAUCCCAGUAAUUCGGAACGCUUCUGUUUGGGAUUGUUGUCAAACGUUAAUCGCAACACCGUAGUCGAACAGACCAGACGACACAUCGGCAAAGGAGCUAGACUUUACUACAUCGGCGGUGAGGUGUUCGCGGAGUGUCUAUCCGAUUCGAGCAUAUUCGUUCAAAGUCCCAACUGCAAUCAACGCUAUGGCUGGCAUCCAGCUACCGUUUGCAAAAUACCACCCGGCUGCAAUUUGAAGAUUUUCAAUAACCAGGAAUUCGCGGCGUUGUUGUCACAGUCGGUUUCACAAGGUUUCGAAGCGGUCUACCAGUUGACUCGCAUGUGCACCAUCAGAAUGAGCUUCGUGAAAGGCUGGGGAGCGGCAUAUCGACGACAAACCGUGACAUCGACCCCCUGUUGGAUCGAGCUGCACUUAAACGGUCCGUUGCAAUGGCUGGAUAGGGUGCUCACGCAAAUGGGUUCGCCACGUUUACCCUGUUCCUCGAUGUCAUAA